AUGUCGAAGAUAACCACGGACCACUCCACGGAAGACGGAUAUUUUCUGCCACAUCACGGCGUGAUCAAAGAGUCCAGCCAAACGACGAAAGUCCGAGUCGUAUUUGACGGAUCAGCACCAACCACCACCGGAGUUUCCCUGAACGACGUACUUCACACAGGACCGAAACUGCAAGAGGACUUACUUUUCAUUCUCCUAAGAUUUCGCUCGCAUCAAUACGUUCUUACAGGAGAUAUUGAAAAAAUGUACAGGCAAUUUCUCGUGCGUCCAGAGGAUCGUAAAUUUCAGCAAAUUUUGUGGCGUAACAAUAAUGGAGAAGUCGACACUUAUCAACGUAACACAGUGACGUUCGGGCUAUCAGCAGCGCCGUAUCUGGCCAUACGGUGCCUCAAACAAUUGGCGGACGACGAGGGACAUCGGUAUCCACGAGCAGCGAUAGUCUUGCAGCGAGAUUUCUACGUCGACGAUGUUUUCACAGGAGUUAAUACAAGGGCCGAGGCACAAUCAUUGAGAACGGAACUCACAGAACUGCUCAAACUAGCCGGUCUAAAUAUUCGAAAAUGGGCGUCAAAAGACCGAAAGCUGCUACGAGGACUUUCCCAACAUGACAUAAACGAUGAAUUACAACUGGGCGAAUCUCAAACAUUAAAAACCCUGGACGUUUUUUGGAAUUCAUCUGACGAUUCAAUCUUGUACUACGUCAAAAUCCGGCCUACCAGUUGCCGAAUCACGAAGAGGAUAAUCAGCUCCGAAAUCGCCAAAAUCUAUGAUCCACUUGGAUUACUUGCGCCAGUGAUCAUUCGAGCAAAAAUGUUACUCCAACGACUUUGGACACUAAAAAUCGACUGGGGCGAAUCUUUACCGGCUGACUUGCAUACAGAGUGGAAUGAGUAUUACACGCAGCUGCCAUUGCUGAACAAUGUAAGAUUUCCACGAAAAACGAUAAUCAAGUCUGCAGCCGAAAUUGAGAUACACGGAUUCUGUGAUGCCAGCGAAAAGGCGUAUGGGGCAUGCAUUUACCUUCGCACCAUCACUCCGGAUGGUCAAGUCUGGAUACGACUCCUGACGGCAAAAUCAAAGGUGGCUCCACUAAAAUCGCAAACCAUUCCAAGGCUGGAACUCAGUGGAGCACUUCUUCUCGCAUCAUUGACCAACACAGUCCUUCAAGCAUUACCAAACAAUAUUUCUCGGACUGUUUACUGGACGGACUCUACCAUUGUCUUUCAUUGGAUCAACACAUCACCCCAUACGCUGAAAACCUUCGUCGCAAAUCUUGUGGCAGAAAUUCAAAGAAAGACUCAUACCUCAGAUUGGCGUCACAUUCCUACCACGGACAACCCAGCGGAUCUCAUAUCCCGAGGACAAUCGCCCGAAGACUUUGUACGAUCAACAAUUUGGCAACAUGGACCGGAGUGGCUACAACAAUCUGAAGAAUACUGGCCGACGUGGAACCCAGUACCAGCAGCACAUGGAGAGCAUAAAGCGCAUCAAAUUAGCGACAUAUAA